AUGACGUCUGAUGGCAUCGCUGCCUGUCACAAACCGAAUCAUCGAGCGCAACUUUCAAGGACGUGGACUGGCUCAGACACUCAUGAAGCCCCAUCGCUAUUCCGGCGGUACGACGCUGACGGGACUGGAGAAGUUGACAAAGACAAGCUCGUAAAGGUCCUCGAACUGCUGGACGUUUGCACAACGAUUGCGCAGAAGGCUGUAGACUCCUGUGAGAAGACAGCUGGCAAGGUUCGCUAUCAGGACUUCUUCGACUGGGUAAUGCACCCAGCUGCCCCACCAGCAUCAGUGCGCACGAUCGUCGUGCUUUCGGGGCCACCUGCAAGCGGGAAGAGCACGGUGUCGGCAAAGCUUGCAGAACACCUCGGCAUCCCCAAGCUCACAAUACGUGAUUUAUUGCGAGCGGCGAUAGCUUUGGGUUCGGCUUUAGGGCGCCAAGUGGAAGGCAUCAUCAAAAGAGGCGGGGUGGUGCCAGAUCCAUUGCUAAUGCAACUGAUCCAGGGCCGCGUCCGUUGCCGAGACUGCAACUUGGGCUAUGUUCUCGACGGCUUCCCUGAGACUUAUAGCCAAGCUAAGCUUCUGGAUGCCUUAUUCGCAGACUCGGGGGAUGCAGUGAUGGCUGCCAUCAUCUUGGAUGUUGAUGCGGACAAGCUGCAUGCCCGAAGAGCAGGGUGUUGGUAUCACAGGGCAUCCGGACGUUCCUACCACACCGCUUGGAUGCCACCUCGAAGUUUAGUGCCAGGCGAAGAUCCAUGUGAAGCGAACAUGCUGGAUGACGUUACAGGAGAGCCGCUGACAGCUGAAGGAUCGGGCCUUGACGAACAGGAGCUGGCGCAACGGGGGCAGGAAGUGGCAGAAAUGUCGCUGCAUUACGGCAACCGCGUGCGGCGGGUAUUGGCCAAUGGAGCACCAGAUGAAGUAUGGAAGGCUUUGCAGGGCGUCUUGAGCCACUUCAAGCCACAGCUUUCCUGA